AUGGCCCGGCACUACAAGUGGACAGCUGUCCUCCUGCCAGACCCCGCCCGUCCCAGCCUCCCCCGGCUCGUCCUGUGCAGGAUCCCAUCUCUGCCUGGCUCCCCAGCUGAACCUGCCCCUGAACAUAACUCUUCUCCUUGUUCCCCCUUUAGAGCCAUCUGCAGCUCCUCCCCUGGCUCCCACCAUGGCCCCCCAACUGGCCCCGCCCCUGAGCGGAAGAGGAUGAAGAACCUGAGGAUUCUGAUGAAGAGGAGGGAGCAGUCUGGCAGCAGGUGGAGCGAGAGAGUCGCUGAAGAUCCAGGUAAGUCUCACCUUGGCUCUUCAGGUAGGUCACCUCUUGGCUCCUUCACUAGGACCUCCCCCACUUCUGGUUCCCCUCAUGGCUCCCUUCUUGACUCUGGCAGCUCUCCGUGCUCUUCCUCUCGCUCCUCCUCACGCUUUUCCUCUAGCUCCUCCUCUCGCUCCUCCUCACGCUUUUCCUCUAGCUCCUCCUCUCGCUCCUUCUCUCUGUCUUUUUCUAGCUCCUCCUCCUCUCGCUCUUCCUCUAACUCUUCUUCUAGCUCUUCCUCUUGCUUCUGGUCUCUUGUGCCGACAGCUCAUCCGACCAGGAUCACCCUCAGAAGGCGGCAGAGGACCAGCUCCUCUCUCCAGAGCCCCUGUGAGCUUCUUGAACCUGCUGCACCCUGGGAGGCUCAGCCGGUAGGGAACGUCCCUGUGAAGAAGAGCAUCCGGCUUCUGAUGAAGAAGAGGACCCAGAGAGGAGAGGAGGUGGGAGGCAGAAUUAAGUGUGACCUUUCAUGCAAAAAAGAGAGAGGAGAGGAGAUGAGAGGGCAGUAUGAAGCUCAAGCUCUCGUGCAAAAGUCUUUUUGUGUGAGGAGAGAGAUGAGGAAAGAAGCUAAAAAGCUGAGUCGGGAUAUGUAAUGAGAAGAAGAGAAGAUGGAAGUGCAAUAUAAAGUGAAAACAUAUCAUUAAUUGACUUAUGCUAUGUGAUGGAUUUGGUGUGUACUUACUUAGCCAGUCAUGAUUAAAUUGUGAAUAAAGUGUUUUAAAUAAAUUGUCAAAACUGGA